GUGAAAUCCGGACAGGUUGUUAUAGCUACCCAAUCCACAGGGGUCCCCCCCACCCAGCCUUAAACAACCUUAUAUAUAUAACACACAGCCCUUGCAUGUCCCAAAUAACUAUUAAAAGAGUGUCUUGAGCAUUGCAGUUCAGGCAGACUGACUGACUGACUGACUGACUGAGUGACUGUAUCAUCAGAAUUUCCCCCGUGGCAAAAGCCUCUGAUUGGGUCCGAAUGCAAAGCUGCUCUGAACUUUAAAAUUUGCCUCAUGAACGCGCUCAGGAGACGGCUGUAGGAUUAUCGGAGAGAAAUAUCGCUCAUCAUCACCUUGUUUUUUCUCAUUGACAAACGCAGGCGAGCGUGUGUGUCAGUGUAUGCGGGUGUGCGUGUGCGCGUGUCGGUUUAAGCCAAACUUUUUUAAGGAUGAUAUAUCUUGGAUAUUUCCUGUUUCUUUUUUGUGGGCUCACGCGUGUCAUGGCAAGUUACCCGAUAUGGUGGUCUCUAGCAGUGGGCCACCAGUACUCUUCACUGGGUAGCCAGCCCAUACUCUGCAGCUCCAUCCCUGGCCUGGUCCCCAAGCAGCUCCGCUUCUGCCGCAACUAUGUGGAAAUAAUGCCCAGCGUGGCAGAGGGGGUGAAAAUCGGCAUCCAGGAGUGCCAGCACCAGUUCCGCGGACGCAGAUGGAACUGCACUACCAUCAACGAUAACCUGGCCAUCUUCGGACCAGUGCUGGACAAAGCCACUAGAGAAUCGGCAUUCGUCCAUGCAAUUGCCUCCGCCGGGGUGGCGUUUGCUGUGACGCGUGCUUGUGCCGAGGGCUCUGCAACCAUCUGUGGCUGUGACACACGAAGGAAAGGACCACCGGGCGACGGAUGGAAGUGGGGCGGCUGCAGUGAGGAUGUGGAAUUUGGAAGCAUGGUAUCACGUGAGUUCGCUGAUGCCCGUGAGAACCGGCCAGAUGCCCGCUCCGCUAUGAACCGGCACAACAACGAAGCUGGACGAGUGUCAAUCACUGACCACAUGUACCUAAAGUGUAAGUGUCAUGGCCUCUCGGGUAGCUGUGAGGUUAAAACCUGCUGGUGGUCCCAACCUGACUUUCGCAUGAUUGGCGACUACAUGAAGGACAAGUACGACAGCGCAUCAGAAAUGGUGGUGGAGAAGCAUAAGGAAUCAAGAGGCUGGGUCGAGACCUUACGACCAAGGUACACUUUCUUCAAGCCCCCGACCGAAACUGACCUUGUCUACUAUGAAAGCUCACCUAACUUCUGCGAGCCUAACCCAGAGACCGGGUCUUUUGGCACCCGGGAUCGCGUCUGCAACUUGACGUCACACGGUAUCGACGGCUGCGACUUGCUCUGUUGCGGUCGAGGCCACAACACCCGAACUGAGAAACGAAAGGAGAAGUGCCACUGCAUUUUCCACUGGUGCUGCUACGUCAGCUGCCAGGAGUGUACGCGAGUUUACGAUGUCCAUACCUGCAAGUAAGUCUCCAAAACAAGACUGGACCAGAUGUUUGGGGAUGUGAACACCCGAGAGCCUUGAGUUAGAGUUUUUUUUCGUAAGAAGAACACAAACUUCAGAAAUGAGAUGGUGAUGUGAUUCUAGAAAGUUAUUAACAGCCAAAAAGAAAGACCCGUAAAGGCUUUGUUCUUCAUCCUGACCAUUGUAGGACUUGGCAUGCUUCGACAGGACUCUCUAGCUCAGUUCUACAAACGAAAGUCUGAUAUCGGAGGGGCUGGAUCGGAUUCCUGGACUCUCAGGCCCAUGGGACCUUGACCUAUUGUUUCUCCAAGAAAAGAACAGAAAAACUUGUGACGACGAGUAAACUCCAACACAACAAAUGUGACUGGAAUGCCGGAGUUUGCCCACAAGUGCCUCUGAAAUAUGAUAAUAGUAACAUUACUAGCAGUAGCCUUCCUACUAACACCAUUAAAGAAGCUAAAUGUACCAUUUUAAUGCAAAGUGCAUUCCAACGAACCUGAAUACCAGCAAAACACCUGCUUAGCAACUUCCUUUACAGCACAUCUUACACUUCUUGUCGUUUCUGUAUGUAAGACCAAACAUACUGUAUGAACUAAUGUAUUAGGAUGAGUUUAUGGUUACUAACUCUAGGUUAUGAAUGCACUUGUACUUGAGUGAAUGUCUGUGCGUCUGUCAGUGUUUUCCAGAUCUGAUUGUUUUAUUACAUUUAUUAACCUGAAUGAAUGAUCUCGACUAUACAGUAAAUGGAUCAACUCUGACCACAACAGGUUCAGUGUACUGACAUAGAUAAUGAACCCAUCUAAUAUUUAUAUCAAGACCCAAAUAUCUAUUUAAGCUAAAACAAACAAACGUUGGGCAGUUUUAACAAAACUAAAGUGUCAGCACUUCUGUCUUGAAAUGGAGCAUGAUGUUCAUUUGCUUUAUUUGUGUGUGACAGUAUUAUUUCACAGACAUGGAGGUCCAUGACAUUUCAACAUGAACAUACAGGUGUGUUAUGGAGCGAGAACUGUGCCUGUAUUCAGUACCUGCGGGGUCCAAAAUGAACAAUUGCCAAAAGCCCAAAUGGGAGUAAAAAACUGCUUUAGUGACUGCAUUAUAAUUAGGGAACAUUUUUAGGAAUUUGGAAAGUGCACAUAGUUGAAAUGGCAAUGUUGAAAGACAACCUGACCCCGCGAUUACCUCAAAACCCGGUAAUUGUUGCAUACUCCAACUGUUACCUCCAAAUUUUGGUAACUGUAAUUAAUCCAUUGUCAAAAUUUCCAGUAGCAAUGUGGUUAGUGUUACCACAAAUACAGCUGCAAAAGAAGAAGAUCUCUAUACAAAUAAAGACAUUAGCUAUAAGGUAUCUGCAUUGGCUGUAUAUGCAAAAAGUACAUUUUGGACCCUGAGGAGACCAAUUUUUUCCCGUUUUUCUUUCUAAUAACAUUCCAAGUUUGUUUGACAUUUGUAUGUGAAUUCAUGACCAAAAUUAAUUUUUUUCUUAACUUUUCUGACCCAGCUGUACAUUAAAGACAGCAGCAGUGUAGAAAUGUCACUGAACUACCCUCAUUUAGGGCGCGCUCACAUUAUCCCAACCAAACCCUGCCCCGAGCGUGUUUGACCCCCAAAGCCUGGUUUAUUUGACUCGUGUGAUCGCUCUGUACCAUGCCCUGGUGCAGUUUGGUUAAUCCAAAUGCUUGGGUCGGUUAAAGUACAUUGUGAGUGCCGGUUCUGGGGGAGUAGGGAGGGGGCAAUCGGUUGGUUUAAGUAUAAUAUGAGUGCGCCCUUAUAUGCUGCUAACUAAUAACAGGUUAUUUAUACGUGAUUAUAUGCUCGUACGUUUGUGUUUCUCUUUGUGUCCUCUACAUAUGUCCUGAUGUUUGUAUGUAUAUGUGCAUGACUCUUUGUUUUCUUCUUUCUGUGAAAGACACUGUGUGAACAGUUAAGAACUAAAAUGUGAAGUUUUCUACUAAUGGACUUUUUGAUAGAGAGUUUGUAUUCCUUAACCAAAUAGAGAUAUUGUAACUUUUGUGAAUCUUGUUAAAUAAUAGCUUAUAAAAAUGCGAUUUGUCAAAAGUGAUCAUGAGAUGCUUUGAAUAUAGGGUUAUUAAAUGCCACACUGUAUUUUGAAUAAUCUUUCUGAAUUGAAAUCAUAUGUAUGACCGACGUUAUGUAUAUGUGCGGAGUCAUUAUUACAAAAUCAACCCUGACAGUUUUGUGAAUGGUACCUGUUGUCAUGUUUUGGGGUCCAGGUUUAUUUUGCAAUAAUGAAUAGCUGACCAUACAUUAUAUUGUUUGUUACAUGCUACUUGACAAAUAUUGGAAUGUUGAUUUGUAAUUAGUAUAUAUUUUAGUAGAAGUAAGAGUUCAGGCAUGCUAUGAGAGACAUGACCCUUGCGAAAAUUAACCAUGGUUUUUUGGCGUAUUGCUAAAGCAUUUACUGUAAAAAAAAAAUUUUGGUUUUGCAAGUUUAGACUUGUGAUAUGUUGAAAUAACUUAUAAAAACAAGUUGAAAUUGUUUAACUUAAUUUGUUAAGUAACAUUAAAAUCUAUGUUGAUUUGACAUCAUUUUUACAGUGUGGUUUUACAACAGGAACCAUAGUUUACCUAGGAUUUUUAGUAGUACCAUGGUCUUUUUGAUGUAACCAUGUUUUUUGGUUUUAACUGUAGUAAAACCAUGAUUAAUUUUUGUAAGGGUAAACUUCCACAAGAACAUUGAUUGCCAGGUAUAAUGGUCAAACAUGCAGCUUUUAUUAUUUUAAUAAAUCUAAUUAAUCUAAAUACAGCAUUUGACCAAUCAGAAUCAGCUAUUCUGAGAAGCAUGCAGCUAAGUGUUAAAAAAGUAAGACCUAAAUAUCUGCGAAUAUUAUGAUCUCAAUCUUACAUACAGUAUGCUGCAAAAUAUAAACUUAAGUUUUACCACAGGGAAAUGCGAGAAGGCAGAGAGAAAGGCCAGCUUGUAAAAUUCUUUGGCAGAAGUCCUUUUUGUCGAUCUUUCCAUCAAAGAAAUGAAUUCAAGUUUUCUCUUGCCCUGAGAAUCUCACACUGAUUUAAUCUCUCAUCAAUCAGGGAUCAUUUCAAAGCACAUGCCCCAUUGAGCAUUCCACAAAGCUCUUGUUUAUUUAACAUAAUGAUCCUCCGCUAACUACAGAAUCAAUACCUUUUGUUUUUGAACAAACUUCAGCGCAUCUACGCAUCAAAUUUACGCGUCCACGAUACAGUUUGAUUUUUAUUCUAAACAUAAAAUUCCAAAGUUUUGUACAGACGAGUUCUGUGUGUUUAUGGAUGUCUAAAGUCUGAGGAUUUUUCUAUGAUUAUUUAUUUUACUGUAAUGUAUAUAUUAGUAUAUAUUUGCUGACAAAAGAUUAUUACUUGUGAGGAAAAUGUUGUUGUGUUGUAACAGUUUUUUACCUCAUUGUCUGUUGUUGCUGUUUUUUUUCACUGACCACAUGGGAUGCACUGUAUGUCCUGCUUUCUGUUCAUAGGAUGCUAGCUGUUAAUUUUAUAACCGAAUUAAAGAAAAUACAA